AUGUCCAAAUUCGGCCAAAAUUAUUCGGAAAAUAUCCUCACCAUUGACGAUGAUGAUAGCGAGGAUGGUAUUUUGACGACCAAAGAUGGGCACAAAGAAGACACUGAUUUUGGAAUUCUUGUCUCAGACGCAAACCUCGACAAUGUCCUAAGGAUCCUUUCCCACCAAAUCGAUCUCGAAAUUCUAUACAAGCACCAGGAAAAGAUGCUGCUGCUCAAGUGCAUCAAGUAUUCAGAAAAUCUUCUGGAUGUCCUUUCACGACUUGCAUAUCUUGGUAUUUCGGAUUGGUUUAUUAUAUUUGUAGAGUGUUUCAACACAGACAGCGGAGAGCUACAAAGACUUUCCGCCAGAGAAACAGAUGGUUUCCACUCUUCGCCAUCAUACAGUAGAAAGCGAAGGUCAGACCGAACAAUUCAAUAUGAGAUUCUUUCAGACGGCUCUUUUGUCAAGUUUGGCUUUGAUCAAUGUGUAACCUUAGGCUUCGUGCAUUGCCAAGUGUGGCAUCGCCGUGGUAUGUCUAUUUCAACGCUCAAAGUCCAGGAUGUAUCGGAAGUGCCCACUUCCUUUUUUGAGAAAAGACAGCGUGUCCUCACCUCAGAUAUGCAGUUGGCAAAGAUCACAACCAUGGAUAAUGAACUCAGGCGCUCAACUAGUCCUCCUACGGUGGACGGCCAAACCGAGGAAAGCAGAUUUUAUGUGUACAAGAAAAUUGUCAUCGGGGCCUUUGUCAAGAAGCUGCUUCUGGCCGAUGAACAUACAAGCCAUGAUGGAUACCAAUAUUCGUACAAAUGGAAGCUGUUCAUCAACGGCCCCCCUGAAGUAUGCACGGUUUUUAAUGAAUUGGCUGUUAAAAUCGAGAUUUUCUUUUUCAACGAUUGCCAUCCGAUGAAGGAGCUCGUUGUCGGCAUCGGAUUUGAAAAGGCCAAAUACUACUCGUAUUGCAUGGCCUUCCAGAAGGAGCACAUCUGCGCCAUUGACAGGCGCAUUCCGCUUCAGACAAGCGAGGAAUAUGAGAACAUAUAUUUGUCCCAACUCCACGGGCUCCAUGUCGUUGAAAAGAGGGAGGAUCAUGAAGAGAGUCUCACAAACGAGCUCGAAAAUGCGGUUCCGAAAAGGAAAAAAAUACUGACGCCUCGAAUCCAAGCUAUCGACUCUUCUUCGCCCACGUUGCAGGCGCAAGGCUCAAAGACUUGCCCUCCAUUGCUGUAUUUUAGAAGAGAAUCCAAAAACAUCACACCAUCUGAUUUGGAUUCCAUGCUCAAAAUAUUGUUUCCUGCGAUUUUUCCCUUGUGGGGAGAGUGUUGUAAAGUAAAUCCCUAUUACUACUAUCCAAUUGCCGGGUCUUCCAAGGAGUUUCAUGACAUUUGGAGCAUUUAUAAAAGAAAAUCCGUGUCGUUUAUUUGGUCCAAAAAUAUUUCCCUUGCUGCAAGGAUCUACUGGAGGCUAAAAAGCCCCAUUCCUCUAUCUCAAAUCAUAUCUUGGUCCACUAACCCCGCCAUUCAGCUAUGUGACAUCCGUCCCUAUCCACAUGCCGAUAAAGUUGUUGCUGCUUUGGGGUCGGCGUCUCAUUUUUCGCCUUUGCUCUCGAAAGAUGUAUUUCAAAAGACCUCAAGCAGGGAUCAUUGGAAGGAUAUGAUAUUAUCUUUGCAAGGACAGGGUCAUUUGACCGACCAAGCGCUGUAUUGUCGAUAUUGCGGCAGACCUUUUCCGCUAAGCCAAAGAACUGUGGAGGGAUGUGGAGUUCCGGCGGUUUUGGCUGGCCCCGGUAUUUUUUUCAUCCCAAAAGCCUCUGAUCUCAAAGAAAGAGUCAAUCGAUAUAUGGUGGAUUUGGGAGAAUUUGCCAAAAAAGCCGCUUGCAACCCUGCCCCGGUUUGGCCUGCUUGA